GGAAAUAGUUUGUCAAUGAGCCCCCUAUGUUGUAUGGCAUGUACCUAACCGUCUAUGAAGGUUGGUAGUUGAGAAUUUUUAACAACUCUGAAUGGCUGGGAGAGAAAAAAUUCUUACACUUCAACGUUUCACACCAACCACUCUAUAGUCUAGCACAACAUAACCCUGUAACAAUCCCCUGUUUCAUUCACAUAUCAAUGUUUCUCAAUUUCAUCACUUCUUGAUCAGAACCCUCUCUUCAACUGUCUUUCAUGGACACUACCAAAUUCCCCGCUUCCUGUUUUGGCUUAAAUAGCCACAAACACCCUUCACCUUUGAACCGUAUGAAUGAAACUCUAGUUAAAAAACAUGGUUCUUUCACCCUCAAAAGAAGAUUCAUUGAUUCGAUUUUCGGCUUUUUUAUUAAGAGGCUGUACUCUCCUAAGAAGAUUGAUGGUGGGAAACAAACUGAAGAGGAAGGCAAAGUUUGUUCUUGGUUAUAUGCCUUAGCACAAUCUGGUCCGGAUUUGGUAUUUGAAUACGUCCGAUCAACGGAAAGAGGCUUAAGUUUUAAGGAAGCUGAGAGAAGGCUAGCGGAAACCGGUCCAAAUGUUCCUCUUUCGCAUUCUUUCCCAAGUUGGAUGCAACUUCUAUGGAAUGCAUUCUUUCAUCCUUUCAAUAUCAUUUUGAUUGUUUUGGCAAUUCUCUCGUUCACUUCGGAAGAUUACCCAAAUGGUAUCAUUAUGUUCGUAUUAGUUUUUGUCAGUGUAGCUCUUCGAUUCUACCAGGAAUACAACAGUUCGAAAGCAGCGAUGAAGUUAGUAGAACUCUUGAAAUGCCCUGUUAAAGUGCAGAGAUGUGCAGGCAGCGUGGUUCAAACUGAAUUAACAGUUCAAAUUGAUCAGAGAGAUGUUGUGCCAGGUGAUAUUGUCAUUUUUGGUCCAGGAGAUUUGUUCCCUGGUGAUGUUAGGUUAAUAACUUCAAAAGAUCUAAUUGUAAGCCAGUCCUCAUUAACAGGGGAGUCAGGGACAACAAAGAAAACAGCAAACAGUCGAGAAGAUCGAACAACUCCUUUGCUAGACUUAAGAAAUAUUUGUUUCAUGGGUACUAGUGUUGUAUCCGGUAGUGGAACUGCAUUAGUUGUUUCAACUGGAGCACAGACUUACAUGAGUACCAUGUUCUCAACCAUUGGGAAGAAUAAACCACCUGACACAUUUGAGAAAAGCGUUCGAAAUAUUUCUUAUGCGCUCAUUGCUGUUAUGCUACUUGUAGUCCCGAUAAUCAUCCUCACGGAUUAUUAUGUGUCCAGAAACUUGAGCAGAGCUAUUCUCUUCGGGGUUUCAGUCGCAGUUGCUCUUACUCCACAGAUGCUUCCACUAAUAGUGAACAUUAAUCUUGCAAAAGGAGCCCUGGCAAUGGCUAGGGAUAGAUGCAUAGUCAAAAGCUUAACAGCCAUACAGAAUAUGGGAGCCAUGGAUAUACUGUGUAUUGACAAAACAGGUACUCUCACUGUGGAUCAACUUAUAAUGGUUCAUCACCUGGAUAGCGGCGGCCUACCUAAAGAGAGAGUCUUGAGAUUUGCAUUCUUAAAUUCUUACUUCAAAACCGAACUAAGAAAUCCGGUAGAUGAAGCAAUUCUAGCUUAUGUCUAUUCAAAUGGAUACAGAUUCGAACAAUCAAAGUGGAAAAAGAUAGAUGAGACUCCUUUCGACUUUACAAGAAGACGAGUCUCUGUUAUCAUUGAAGCAGAUUCAGAAACAACAGAUAGAAUUUACCCUCAUCUUGGUACUAAUAAGCUCGUGGUCACUAAAGGCGCACUUGAAGAAGUGUUACAGGUUUGCAGUUUCUAUGACCAUGCUGAUAGUGGUUCAAGCAUACCACUCCCUGUAGAAGAUCAGCAUAAGAUCCUGCAUAUGGGAGAAGAACUAAGCAAUGAUGGACUAAGGGUUCUUGGAGUGGCUAUACGAAGACUAGCAAUGGUGGGAGAAGCGAACAGUGUGGAAUCAAAUAUGGUUUUCCUAGGCAUCGUAACCUUCUAUGACCCUCCCAAGAGCUCAGCGAAGGAAGCCUUAAGGAGGUUGGCGGAAAAGGGUGUAGAGGCGAAAGUAUUAACUGGAGACUCAGUCUCCUUGGCUAUAAGAGUCUGCAAAGAGGUAGGAAUUAGAACCACUUAUGCAUCCACAGGACCAGACCUCGAACUCUUAGACCCUUUAACCUUUCAUGAGACAGUUCAGAGGGCUACGGUAUUAGCUCGACUGACCCCGACACAAAAAUUCCGCGUGGUUCAGUCACUGCAGACAGCUGGAGAUCACGUCGUAGGGUUCUUGGGAGAUGGAGUAAAUGACUCUCUUGCAAUGGAUGCUGCAGAUGUUGGGAUAUCAGUUGAUUCAGGUGUAUCUGUGGCCAAAGACCUUGCUGACAUUAUACUACUGGAGAAAGACUUAAACGUUUUAGUCUCCGGUGUAGAGCGAGGAAGAAUUACUUAUGGGAACACAAUGAAGUAUAUAAAGUUAUCGGUGGUGGCAAAUGUGGGCAGUGUUGUGUCAAUUCUAAUUGCAGUUCUGCUCCUUGGAUACGAGCCCUUGACAGCAAGGCAACUCGUUGUUCAGAAUUUUUUAUACAAUGUCGGCCAGAUUGCCAUUCCUUGGGACACGGUGGAAGAAGACUAUGCAAAGUUCCCUCAGCGGUGGUCAUCAAAAAGCAUACCUAUGUUCAUGCUCUGGAACGGACCAGUUUGCUCCAUGUUUGAUCUAGGGUAUCUUGUGUUCCUUUGGUUCUACUACGAAUUAUACCAUCCUUCCUCCGGAGAUAAGCUCUACCAUACUGGAUGGUUUGUUGAAGGGCUUCUCAUGCAAACCCUUAUAAUCCAUAUGAUCCGAACAGAGAAAAUUCCGUUCAUUCAGGAAGUAGCGUCAUGGCCAGUGAUCUGCUCUACUGUUUUGAUAUCUGCUGUAGGGAUUGCAUUGCCGUAUACUCCGAUAGGAAAAGUAAUGGGAAUGACUGACCUGCCAUUGUCCUAUUUUGGUUUCCUAGUUGUGCUUUUUCUUGGUUAUUUUUUUCUUAGCCAGGUGGUCAAGAGAGUCUACAUUAGGACUUAUAAAGAAUGGCUCUAAAUGAUACCUAUGUACAUUAUUCACUGCUCAACAUUUUAGAAUGUAUACAUGCAUCUGAGAUUUAUGUGAUGUUUUUGUUUAUUUCAUCUUCA